AUUUUUCACUGCAAAAAACCAUGUUCUGCAAUCGCCACCAGCGAGCCCACAGCCUCUCUCUCUACUUUCUUUCAAUUCCUCUAUCUUCCACGCCAUCUCAUUCCAUUAUAGCCACCACAAACCAAGCUCUCCACCACCGCCCAGUUUUCCGGCCGACAUCAAUAGUGUUUUCUUAACUGGGUUCCACUUCUAUUCUCUUGAUAAUAAUCAUCCUACAAACGAAACCAUCUUGUUUACUCUGUUUUCCAUGGAAGAACAAGCAGAGGCAUCGAGAGAAGAACACCACGGCCACCUUAAUGGCGGAAACGGGAGCAUUAUUUUCGGGAAGUACGAGAUGGGGAGGCUAUUAGGCCAAGGGACUUUCGCCAAGGUUUACUACGGCAGAAACCUUGAAACCUCCGAGAGCGUGGCGAUCAAGGUUUUACACAAAGACCACGUGAAGCAAGAGGGGAUGAUGGAGCAAAUCAAGCGGGAAAUCUCCGUGAUGCGGCUGGCCAAACACCCCAACGUCGUGGAGCUCAAAGAAGUCAUGGCGACCAAGCAGAAGAUCUUCUUUGUCAUGGAGUGCGUCCGAGGCGGAGAGCUGUUCGCUAAGGUUGCCAAGGGAAAGCUAGAGGAAGACGCGGCGAGGAAAUACUUCCAGCAACUCAUCAGCGCCGUGGAUUUCUGUCACAGCCGUGGCAUUUCCCACCGGGAUUUGAAGCCGGAAAAUCUGUUGUUGGACGAGAAUGGGAACUUGAAGGUUUCCGAUUUCGGGCUGUCGGCGUUGCCGGAACAGCAGCGGCACGACGGGCUGUUGCAUACCCGGUGUGGAUCUCCGGCGUAUGUGGCGCCGGAAGUGUUGAGGAAGAAAGGGUACGACGGAGCAAACGCGGAUAUUUGGUCUUGUGGAGUUAUUCUCUAUGUUCUGCUCUCUGGGUUUCUUCCGUUCCGGGAUCGGAACGUUGUGUAUAUGUACACAAAAGUGUUCAAAGCAGAAUAUGAUUUUCCGCCAUGGAUUUCCCCUGAAGCUAAGAGAUUAAUUUCCAGGAUUCUGGUGGUUGAUCCAGAGAAAAGAAUCACAAUUCCGGCGAUAAAGAGAGUCCCCUGGUUCCUCAAAGGUUUAACACCGCCAAUCUCCUAUUCUGUCCAAGAAAACGAGGAGUUAGAUUCCUUAAUCAAAUCGAAAUCUUCGCCGCCGUUCUAUAACGCGUUUGAGCUCAUAUCAUCCAUGUCUUCCGGGUUCGACUUGUCCAGCCUAUUCGAGAGCAAGCGGAGGAGAUCGGGCUCGCUCUUCACCUCGAAAUUCUCGGCUCCGGCGAUCUUGGAGAAGCUAGAGUCGGUGUGCAAGAAGUUGAAUUUCCGGAUUGAGUGUUCGAAGGAGUUCAAGGUGAAGAUGCAGCGGAGUACGGAGGGGCGAAAGGGGAAGCUGUCGGUGACCGCGGAGGUGUUCGAGGUGGCGCCGGAGGUGACGGUGGUGGAAUUCUCAAAGUCCGCCGGCGACACGUUAGAGUAUAGGAAGUUUUGCGAGGAAGAUGUAAGGCCUGCGCUUAGAGACAUCGUUUGGACAUGGCAAGGUGAGGAUAACUGCCAAGGCUAACUGUAUAACGGCCUGCCUUGUGUUCUUGUAAUCAUUGGUACAUGUAGUACGUGUGGGUAUACAUCAAGAGUUCUAAACGCCACCAUUAUCUUCCUUCUUUUUUUUUCUUUAUCCAAUUUUGUAGGAAAAUGGCCGGUUUGAUUGCCUAGAGCUAAUUUGUACUCUUUUUUUCUCCUAUGUAUAUGUACAUAUAUAUGUUUUUUUUUUUUUUUAAUGUUUUGAUAUUUGUACAUAGAAAAGAAAUGUUAUGUAAUAUUAUAAGUUUUGAAGUCAUGGACUAUAAUGUGAAGAA